AUGGUGGGCAAAGAAGAUGCCUCCAAUAAUCCCCUGGCUCCGUGCCAGCUUCCUUCUGCUGGUGGGUCCCGCAAAGUGUUCUGGCGUUCUGCAUCCUGGUCCUCUUCCAGGACUGCCCUUCAAAACCCCGGAACAGAAGAGAAAGAUUGUGUUAUAGAUCCGAAUGGAAAUCCUGUUGGUAACAAUAGUGGUAAUGGGCAAAACCGUAGGUAUCCAGCUCCUUUAACUCCUAGGUCCCAACAGAAUUCUAAAGCACGGUCAUGCUUGCCACCGCUGCAGCCGUUAUCAAUUGCUCGGAGAAGUUUAGAUGAGUGGCCAAAAGCUGGUUCUGAUGAUGUGGGAGAGUGGCCACAACCGCCUACACCUAGUGGGAACAAGAGUGGUGAAAGGUUGAAACUUGAUUUGUCUUCAAUUCAAAGGAACCCGGAUAGGAAUGGUGGGUUGGUGAAGAAGGAUAGGAUCGCUUUCUUUGAUAAGGAAUGCUCUAAAGUUGCUGAACAUGUGUAUCUUGGUGGGGAUGCUGUUGCUAGAGACAGGGAGAUUUUGAAGCAGAAUGGGAUUACCCACGUGUUAAAUUGUGUGGGUUUUGUUUGUCCUGAGUAUUUCAAGGCUGAUUUUGUGUAUAGGACUUUGUGGUUGCAGGAUAGUCCAUCGGAGGACAUAACUAGUAUUCUGUAUGAUGUUUUCGAUUAUUUUGAAGAUGUUAGGCAACAGGGUGGGAGGGUUUUUGUUCAUUGUUGCCAAGGGGUUUCACGGUCCACUUCGUUGGUGAUAGCAUAUCUUAUGUGGAGAGAGGGCCAGAGUUUUGAUGAUGCAUUUCAAUAUGUGAAGGCAGCAAGAGGGAUUGCAGAUCCCAAUAUGGGUUUUGCUUGCCAGUUAUUACAGUGCCAAAAGAGGGUUCAUGCAUUUCCUCUUAGCCCUAGUUCGCUGUUGAGGAUGUAUAGAAUUGCCCCACACUCACCCUAUGACCCUUUGCAUCUUGUCCCAAGGAUGCUGAAUGACCCGUCACCAUCUGCUCUGGAUUCUAGAGGUGCCUUUAUUGUUCAUAUACCUUCUUCAAUAUAUGUCUGGAUCGGUAAAAAAUGCGAGGCUAUUAUGGAAAGGGAUGCAAGAGGGGCGGUUUGCCAGAUUGUUAGGUAUGAAAGAGCUCAAGGACCAAUAAUAAUGGUUAAAGAAGGCGAAGAACCAGCUUACUUUUGGGAUGCUUUCUCUAAUUAUUUACCUUUGAUGGAUAAAUCUGCUAAUGGAAGAGAUAGUGGGGAAUCUAUAAGUAAGAUUUGCACUGGUGAGAGAAAAAUGGAUGCAUAUAAUGUUGAUUUUGAGAUUUUCCAAAAAGCCAUCAAGGGGGUUUUGUGCCUCCAUUUGCGUCUUCAGAGAAUGAACAUGAAACCCAUCUUCCUGCUAGAGAAAGCAGUUGGAGUGUGCUAA